CUCCUCCCUCCUCCCCGAUGCCCCUCCCCACCCAAAUUGCAGAACAAGAGCCGUCCAUGUCCCACAUCGUGAUGAACGAGGAGACUGGCGAAGCUCACUCCAGCCUCGCAUGUCACGUCUGCAAGAAACGCAAGAUCAAGUGUGGCCGGGAGCUGCCGCGUUGCCGUCUCUGCGAGCAGUCGUCCCAGCAAUGCACGUAUCCGAUACGUGCGGAGCGGCCUGGCCCAAAGAUCGGGAGUUCGCAGAGCCGCAAGAGACGGCGCGAGGCUCUGCAACAGGAGCGCGAGAGUAGACGUAUGCAUCGCAACAAUCUUCCGCGGCACGCCUCGACCGACGACGAUGAGACGGCCGCCGAGAGACACAAUCCCCUUGCGGCGGCCUCGCCCGGACCAUCCUUGGGCUCUGCAACGUCAGAAUGGCAUCCGAGACACAUGCAGAGUCUCUCCUUCAUCAUCCACCCUUCGCAUGAGAGCUGCAGCCCUGGUGCGGAAACGGAGAAACCGCCGGAGCCCGUGAGUGAGGUGGUUGGCAAUGAGGAGCCGCUGCUGACCUCGACUUGCUUCGCGCUGAGUCUCAGUCCGGAUGUAUUAGACAGUCUGAUCAACACCUUUUUCCAGACAUUCACCUCCUAUCGACUGUUCCGAGAGCCACAUUUCAAGGCGAAGAUGUGGCAUAUCGAGACAGAUGCUCAGAUCAAUGCGCUCCUCGCUUCUAUGUUUGCCUUCUCCGCCAAAGAGUACUCGACGAGCGGUGGGUCUGGCAGCGAAUCCCGCAUGCAGUGGACCCAUUCGCAUUUCAUUGACCUUGCCAUGACCUACAUUGACAAGGUUCUGAGGGACUGUGGAGAUGAACCUCCUCCGUUAUGUCUGCUGCAGGCUCUGAUCCUGACUGCGCAUUGGCUUCUAAUUCAAGGAGUCCGCGGAAGGGCAUGGAGAUAUCUCGGAAAUUGUGUCCGGAUCGCAUACGAAUUAAACCUGCACCUCGUGGACGCUGGUAAAAGUCCCGAUACCGUGAACACUGUUCCGAGUCAGUGGUGUGAGGACGAAGAAAGAAGACGAGCGUGGUGGGCGAUAUGGGAACUCGACGUCUUCGCAAGUGUAAUCCGCCGCUGCCCAACCGCUAUCGAUUGGUCACAGAACGAAACCUUCCUCCCUGCCGAAGAUGAGAAGUGGUUCCGAGAAGAGCCGCAGAAGAGUUGUAAAUUGGCCUCGGGCCUUACUGAGCGAUGGAAGAAUCUUCAAGCAACCGGCAACCAAUCCCCGAAGGCGUGGUUUAUUAUAGUAAACUCGUUGAUGAAGGAGGCCCAGACGAUAUCAAGUCCCUUUGGCAUUAACAAACCGAGUUAUAGGGACAUAGGCCGGAGUAUCAACCGUUGUGAGACUUGCCAAGAUAACCGUGACUGUCCGAGCUCAGAGCGUGGGAAAGACGCUUCAACCCGGCUGUCAACACUUUAUAAUACCCUCCGAUGCUUCUUCAUUGCCCUACCGGCGUCCUUAAAAUACCGCGAGCAGAACCUAACGUUCGAGGCAAAGAGCGCUCGUCAGUCAGGUCCCUCUUCACCUCGUCAUCUCCACAGCUCAAUUUACAGCAUUCAUCUAAUGUCGUUGCUGACAAAGAUAAUGAUUUGCAAAUACCGUGUCUUCCACAACUGCAUGGGUCAGACUCAGUGGGAUAAAGAUCCAGGUGUCUCGCAUAAGCGUUCAGAUUCCCUGCUAUCCGAUCGCUGCGAGAGCGAUGCCAUCGGGCAAUAUUUCAAGGCUGCGGACGAUGUAGUCACGGUCGUGAACACCAGCAACGAGAACCACUUCCGUUAUGUGAAUCCUUUCCUGGCGAACACCAUCUGGCUCGCUGCCGCCGUUCAACUCCUGCACAAGAACAUGAUCUCCGAUAAUUCGGAGGCUGAGCUGAUAACAUCGAAAUUCGAGGUGUUGUGCAUGACGUACGAUCAAUUUGUGGACUUCUGGGAGAUGUCGCCAACGCCGGGUCAGACACUUCAGAUGCUGCAGAGCCAUCUGAAAUCCAUUCGUGCUUCUUCGGGUAAUGAAGCAAUUCAACGGCCAACCUCCCCAGCGAAUUGCAAUGAACAAGAAGGGCAGGCAAGUAAGAAACCUCAUGAUCAACAAAAUUCAUUACCACCCAAUGAGCACUCCCAGGGAUGUCAGAAAGGAAUAUCGAUAUCCAACAAUCAAGAGACAACUUGCCGUCACAGCUACCAAACCACCUCCUCCUUCACCGCCACAACAUCCAGCCCCGUCUCACGACGCUCCGGAUAUCGCCAACAGCCCUCCCUCCCCGAGCAACCCAUCCAGACUCCCUCCCCCGCCUUGCCAUAUGAACCCUCUCUCGAGAUGCAAGCCGUCGCGACCAGCAGCAGCGCCUUUGACUCCCUUGCUACGAAGGCAAACUACGUCCCCCCUGCGAUAGCACAGUAUAUGGACCCUGGGCUUUUUGGGAAUUUUAAUUUCAUCUCGGAUCUGGGCGCGGCGAAUAUGGAUUUUGCGAGUUUUCUAAAUGAGGUUUAUCCCCCGCCGGAUACAGGGUGAUAUGGUCAGACAUCUUGGCUUGCGGUGUGUUUUGUGAAUGUGUUAUAUAGCGCUGUGGCGAGGGAGUUCCGGAUUUGCAUUCAGACUUGCUUUUUUGUAAUGAUGAGAGUAUUCUGUCUCUUUGGGGACGUUAAGACGCUAAGACGCAGCUCCUAGUACACACUUACCCCACGAUGUAAUUUGUAUUGGCUUCUGCGGUUGCCUGCAUACUAUGGCGGGG